UAUUUUCUAUUUAGAAUUUUAAACUCAAAUUAAGCUGUGUUUGUCAUUUGGUCUACAGAAUGUGGUUUAUUUCCGAUUAUUCCAAUUCAAAGCAUGUGCACUUUUUUAAACAUUAAGCUGAAUUCUCAACUGCCCCAUGAAAACUUGAAUUCUCUUUUGAUUACUUUCUCUUAGGCUUCAGAUUUGUGAAGGGCUGCUCCAAUACGUUCUCUAGUGAAAUAUGGCCGAUGUGGACAUUGACGAUGUGUUCAAUACACUUGGCUUUGGCCGCAUGCAACUGAUUAUAUUUUUUGGCUGUGCAAUGCAACAGUUUUAUGUGACCAAUGAGCAGUUCGGCAUCUCGCUGAUAACUGUGGCAGCAAGGUGUGAGCUUAACAUCGGUGAUCAUCACUUGUCCUGGCUCAUGACCGCAGGGCUGAUGGCGCAGGUCUGCACCAGCCAUUAUAUGGGCUACAAGUCGGAUGAGAUCGGGCGCCGCAAGCUGCUGGUCAUCACCUCAACACUGACCAUGUUGACCUCAUUUAUAUCAUCGCUGAUGCCAGAGUUCUGGUCGUUCCUUGUGAUGCGCUUCAUCGUGGGCUGCUUUCUUACAGGUCCUGGCAUGGCGCUGCUCACGUACAUGGGCGAGUUCACCAAGAUAAAGCUGCGGCCCAUGGUGCUCAAUUUUAUGUGCUAUUCCGUUGGCGUCAGCAUGAUGUAUGUGCCAGCUUCUGCGAUGCUGAUAUUGCCGUAUGAAAUAAACUUGAAGAUAUCCGGCGACUAUGCGAUUAGCGGCUGGCGUGUGCUCAGCAUGACCAAUCUGCUGCCGGGCAUGAUUUCCCUAUUCAUGCUGUUGCCCAUGCCCGAAAGUCCCAAGUACUAUUUGUCUGUCCAGAAGACGCAAGAGGCUCUCGACGCCCUGGAGAUGUGCUGUCGAUACAACAAGGGUAAGAAUGUAACGCUGAAGAGUCUGGGCAUUGAAUCUGUAACGCAGUCAAAUCUUCGCCGUGAUUCCCUGGUCCCUGAUAAGAACUUUUUCCGACGUGUCUGGCAAGAUACGAAACCCCUGCUGCAAGGCAGCAAUGUGCGCUAUAUGCUCAUUGUUAUUGGAAUUAUGUUUCUUAUGUUUGCCACCGGCGCUGUCCUGACGGUUUGGAUGCCGCGCGUUCUCAAAAUGACAAGCGAAGUCGAAGAUAGUAUGGUACUCUGUGAUGUGUUAAAAGAAUAUGCCGCUCAGAAUGCCAGUACGGGCGUUUCCAAGUGCCAUUUGGCUACAGCUAAUCUGCUCGCUUCCCUUUAUCAUGGCAGCGCCUGUUUGGUUGGAUUCAUGAUGAUCAGCGUCUUGUUAAUUUGUCUUAACCGUAAGACAAUUCUGUUGUGCUUCUCGAUUCUCUCCAGUUUGUCAGGUUUCAUGCUGAACUUUGUCAUCCACGAUGAGCUGGUCAUUCUGGCAUUUGUCCUGCUCGUUGUGCCACCGCUGUGUAGCAUGCGAUUGACGUUGACUGUGCUGAUCGAUGUGAUAGCCACGCAUUUGAGAAGCAAAGCUGUCGCCCUGUCUAUGAUGUGUGGUCGCUUUGGCGUUCUGAUUGGCAGCUUAUUUAUGGGCUAUACGCUGAAAUGCUGCUGCUUUGUAACAUUUAAUGUGUACGUAGCGGGCAUGUCAAUUACCAUUUUGCUCAUCUUCUUUCUACCGAAGAAGACAAUUGGCAACUAAGGCCCUGCGGCAACCAGGCUAUGCUUAUUCGUAUUGUACUUGUUUGGCUUUCGGUUUCAUUUUGUCUAUAUAUUUCUUUACAAUUGUUGUCGAGAGCGUCCAGCUUCAUUAUCAGCUGAUUCAAACAGUCAAUCAAUCAAUCAAUCAAUUGAGCGCACAGCACAGAAUGUGGCAAAAGGGCUUAUGGCGAGAGUUCAAAGAUUUUUGUUACCAAUGCCCUUUUAACUAAAAAUAAAAUAAAUGUCAAA